AUGUUAACGAGCAGAGAUGUCUCCGCGUCCAACUUUUCGUGUGGCAAGUGCGGCCGGAAGUACAAGUAUCGAGAAGGGCUGAGUCGCCACAGGAACAACGAGUGCGGCGUGGAACCCCGCUACAGCUGUCUUCACACUUGCCAGAAGUGCGGUCGAGAUUACACGUUGAAACAUAACCUCACCAGACAUCUGAGGUUCGAGUGCGGAGUGGCACCCCAGUUUCAAUGUCCAGUCUGCUCUUGUGUCUCAGUUAGCCUGCGUCAACUGUUCACCUGCGAGAAGUGUGGACGUUCCUACAAGUAUCGAGAGAGUCUCAGCAGACACAGGCACCACGAGUGUAACGUCGCCCCGUCCUUCUGCUGUGACUUCUGUCCGUUCAAGACCAAGCGGAAGGACAGUCUCAGUCUACACGUCGCUGCCAGACACUGCAGCCAGGUCUUCGACAUCAUCUCACCGCCCGGUGUUCUCAAGAAACUGUACAGACUGGAUUGCCGUCGGCGACUGGGUGAGCUAUUCAAUUCACGAGAAUUUGGCACGAGCGUCUCAGAAUAUUGUCUCAGAGGCCUGAAACGGGCAUCGGCUCGUGAUGAAAGAGCAAAUCAAUUUCUGUUUGUCGGUAUCGCAGAGCCUCCCAGUGACGCCAAGUUUGCUUGUGACAAGUGCGGGAAAAAGUAUAAACACCGUGAAAACAUGAAACGACAUCGGGACAAGGAAUGUGGAGUCGAACCGGGGUUCAUCUGUGCCCUUUGUCCCUUCAAGACCAAACGCAAAGAAUCCCUUAUGCUCCACAUGGCUACUAAACACGACAGAAUCUAA